GAAGUUUUAUAGAAUAAAAUAAUAGUAUUUUAAAUUCUAACAAAAUCGAUAUAAUAUGAAAUAUGUAUUCUUCCACUUCUAUAUGGAAUUCUAAAGGUCUUAUGUUUUGUCAUUUGUCCUUGUAAUACACACAUACUUACAUAUACAUAUACAUAUACAUAUACAUAUAUAUUUAGACAGACACCCAUGGAAAUAGGUAAACUUGAUGCUGUUGAGUUGUUCAAUAUCUAAAAACUCUUGGCUAAAACAAUCAUGGGUAACCAAAAUUCCGGGGUAUAACCCCAAAAAACCAGUUUGACUUGUGGGGAAGGUCAACCUUACCACACCAUCUUCUUCUCCAUGCAAACCCUAGAAACUGCCUAUAAAAAUACCCAUCAACUAAUUGUAUAAUCGGUGGGAGAAGCUAGAUUCAAAUAAAUAAAUAAAUAAAAGUAAAAAUAAAUUGUUGCAGAAGCUAGUAUCAAUGGCAUCUUCCGCCCCACAUCGAGCUCUUGCUUUCACCUUCUUUCUCCUCCUCAUCCUCUCCCCUCUAUCUCUCGCCAAGAGACCACGCCCUCCCAGUAACAAAAAGCUCACCCACCAUGGCGGUCCUGUCGUCAGGGGCCACCUCAAGCUAGCUCUUCUCUGGUACGGCCAGUUCGGUCGCCGACAAAAGAAUGUCGUCAGACAGUUCAUUAAGUCGCUUAACAGCGAUGGGAGGGAAGGUUUGGAGCCCAAGGUCAGCUCAUGGUGGCGAAUUCUGGAGAGCUACCAGACCACCGGAGCCGCCACUAGUGUCGGUCCGGUUCCUGUAACUGGGUUCAAACCCAGGAUCCGAGUCAGUGUUGUGAAGAGCACCACAGAUGUUUCAUGGGAAUUUGGAAAGGUUAUUACUAAUGAUUAUGUUCCUCGUCUGGUUCAAAAAGCCACCGGCGGAAAACCUGAUAUUGUCGCUGUUAUAUUCACCGCCAGAGAUGUUACCGUUCAAGGAUUCUGCCGAGCCACUUGCCAGCAACAUGGCCUCUCCGGUGGGAACCAGUAUGUAAUGGUGGGGAACCCAGAAACAGAGUGUCCUGGAUUAUGUGCGUGGCCAUUUCACAGACAAGAAUGGGGACCUCAAGGUGUAACAUACCAGCCACCCAAUGGAGAUGUUGGAGCAGACGCCAUGGUUAUACAGCUCGCAACAGGGUUGGCGAAUUUGGUUACCAACCCGAAUCUUAAUGGGUUUUACGUUGACGUGCCGUUCUCGACUGAGUUGGUGGAGGCUGGAACCGCUUGUCUUGGUACUUUUGGGAGUGGUGCGUUUCCUGGGUUUACGGGUACUGUUAGGGUCGACCCGAGAACUGGUGGAGCAUUUAAUGCUCAUGGAAAUAGGAAUAAGAAGUUCUUGCUUCCUGCUAUUUGGAACCCUAGAACUUCUUCUUGUUGGACUUUGCUGUAAGGUGAAUGAAAACCAUGUAGAGAUUUUUUUAUGGGCAGUGUGAAACUGGAAGGUUGGGCAAUGUUUACGUUUCUAGAUUUUUGUAGUUAUAUAUAUAUAAUACAUACACACAUACACACACACACACACAUCUUUUUUCUCUUUUCAAUAAUAAUCUUUAAAUAAAAAAAUUGAAAUGUUUUUAAAAUAAUCUUUUAAUUCCAUUGUCGUAA